AGCGACAAACAGUGACAAGAACAAUAACCCCAAGGCUGAAGCCCAAACUGAUGAGAUACGGAACCUGCGCUCAACAGAUCUUCCCUCCCCUCUAUAUGUAGACACCACACAAUUCACCUCCUUUCCGUCCUUAGUCAACUUUUUUGCACAUGUCGUACUUGACCCAAGGACCAUGACGCACCAAAAACGUCCUCGAAGCACCUUAAUCCGACCUUGACGAGUCCCUCGAGGGAGUCUUUAAUUUUUUUCCCUACGAGCAUUUGUUUCAAACGCCUCUUCUUCACCAUCUCCCUGCAAUAAUACAUCACACACCAACAUCCUUCCGCCAUCCGGGGUGUCUUCUCUUUCCCCUUCAGGCGCCAUCCCGUCACAAUGGGCCUCUUCUCACGGUCCAAGCAGACGACGUCACCCUCGAGCGAACCCAAAAACGAUCCUCUUUCCAACUAUCAGAAACCCCGACCAACGGGCCUCCGCAUCUACACCGGCCUCGCCUACCUCUUGUCGACGAUUUUCCUCAUCCUCGUCGAGAUCGGCAACAUCAACGACAAGGCCGUCAUCCGCUCGACGUACUUUCUCCGGAUCAGCCUCGCGGACAUCAUCCCGUCGUCGUUCCCGAACGCCGCCUUCAUCAACAGCAUCGCCCAGACCAUCGGCCUCCACGAUUUCUAUCAGGUGGGACUGUGGAAUUUCUGCGAGGGCUACGACGACCAAGGCAUCACCUACUGCAGCCCGGCCAAGACGCUCUACUGGUUCAACCCGGUCGACAUCAUCCUGAACGAACUCUUGGCCGGGGCGAGCAUCACCUUGCCCACCGAGGUCGUCGACGUCCUGAACCUGGUCAAGCUGGCCAGCCGGUGGAUGUUUGUGUGCUUCCUGAUCGGCACCAUCCUCAGCUUCUUGUGCGUGUUUCUCGCCCCCCUGGGCUUCAGCAAGAGGCCGAGGUGGCAGCACAAGGCGCGGAGGAUCUUCUUCCGCCAGUUGCCCAUCACCGUCCUGACCUUUGCCGCGUUGUUGUUCACGGCCGCGGCGUCGGUGAUCGCCACCGUCAUGUUUGUCAUCUUCCAGGACAAGUUCUCGGGCGCCGAGGACCUCAACAUCCGCGCCUACCUGGGCAAGCCGAUGCUGGCCUUCAUGUGGGUGGCCACGGGGUUCAACCUGAUGGGGUUCCUGAUGCAGAUCGGGACGUGCUGUGGCGUGUGCUGCUGUACGGGCCGACGCAAGGCCGAGAGGAGGAGCCGCGCGAACGCCGCGGGGACGACCGUGAGAGAAAAGGACGGCCAAGGCUCCGGCCGGGAACCAGGUAAAUUCGGGUUCAGGAGGAGAGCGAGAUAGAAUGGCGGUGCAGGGUGGUGCCGUUCUGCGUGCGCGUUGUCUCAAUUCGGGCUUCUACCCCAGUUGAAUGCUGAGAUGAGAGCAUUCUCGGCCAAAUCGCAGCUGUCCAUUGACCAUACGCUCCGCGGUUGAUAGAUUCGAGUUCUUUCUCUUCUACUUGUCGGGCGAUUGGCGUCAUAGCAAGCGGGACCAGGAGGAGUUCACGGUGUAUACACCGAUAAGCACAUACUAUUGUAAUGACCCGGGGUACCGACCACGUACAAAGCCAACAAUGAUCGAUACCAGAUCUUUGGGGUAUGAAGUUUUUCUUUUCUCAAUUCUAGCUCGUCAAUGCUAUUUGAUACAUACAGUGAA